CGAUCACACAUCAGUCAAAUGUUCGUGUAAGGGAAAAUAUAUGCUGGCGAAACGAUAACUACAAGGUCGUUUCCUUCAAACGCACAACUUUCCCACCCAUUCUUCGAUUUCUCUCACGGCACAGACGGCGAAUAACCACCACGCGCCGUCGUUGCCAUGACCGAAACCUUAGAAUACUCCCCCUACCCUCCAAUAGACCCAAUCAACUUCGAUCUUAUUAUCGUCGGCACCGGCCUUUCCGAAUCCAUCAUCUCCGCCGCCGCAUCCGCCGUCGGAAAAACCAUCCUCCACCUCGAUCCCAAUCCCUUCUACGGUAGCCAUUUCGCUUCUCUCUCCUUCGAAGAUCUCAUUUCUCACCUCAAUUCUCCUCCCAAAUACAUUACCGCCACCGCCACCGCCACCACCGACAAUUCCGACUACACCACCGUAAAUCUCAUCCAGCAAACUAUAUUCUCCGAUGCGGAGUUCAAUUCAUGCAAUUCCAUCGAAGAAUCCCAAUUCCUUCGCGAAAAUUCGAGAAAAUUCAACCUCGAUUUAGCAGGACCUAGGGCAUUGUUUAGCGCGGACAAAACAAUCGAUUUGUUGUUGAAAUCAGGUGCUGCACAGUACUUAGAAUUCAAAGGAAUCGAUGCGAGUCUUGUUUACAAUACGAAUGAGGGUUUAGUGAAUGUUCCAGAUUCACGUGGAGCGAUUUUUAGAGAUAAGAAUCUUUCGCUUAAGGAGAAGAAUCAGUUGAUGAAGUUUUUUAAGCUUGUUCAGCAACAUUUGGGUGGUAAUGAGGAUGAGAAGAUUUCGGAGGAAGAUAUGGAGAGUUCGUUUGUUAGUUACUUGGAGAAGCUUGGUUUGCCGUCAAAGAUAAAAGCGAUUCUUUUGUAUGCUAUAGCCAUGGUAGAUUUUGAUCAAGAAAAUGGUGGGGUUUGUAAAGAUUUACUGAAAACAAAAGAUGGAAUAGAUCGUUUAGCUCAAUACAGCUCAUCGGUUGGAAGGUAUCCCAAUGCCCCGGGGGCUUUGCUUUAUCCUAUUUAUGGUGAAGGGGAACUACCACAAGCUUUUUGUCGUCGUGCUGCUGUCAAAGGUUGCAUUUAUGUUCUCAGAAUGCCGGUUAUUUCCCUGCUUAUAGAUAAGGUUACUGGGUCGUAUAAGGGUGUUAGAUUAUCUUCAGGUCAAGAUUUAUAUAGUCAUAAGUUAAUCCUGGACCCAUCCUUCACAAUUCCAUCAACUCCGUCUUUGUCUCCUAAAGAUUUUUCGCUCCAGAUGUUGAGUCAUGUAGACAUUAAAGGAAUGGUUGCUAGGGGAAUAUGCAUCACAAGGAGUUCCAUAAAGCCAGAUGUAUCAAAUUGCUCUGUGGUUUAUCCUCCUAGAUCUCUGUAUCCUGAUCAGGUUACAUCAGUCAGAGCUCUUCAGAUAGGAUCGAAUCUUGCUGUUUGUCCUGCGGACACCUUUGUUUUAUACUUUUCCACUUUGUGCAAUGAUGCCAAUGAAGGAAUGAAGUUACUAAAAGCAUCCAUGAAUGCUCUUCUUACACCACCUGUAUCUGGAAACACAGAAAGUUCUCCCAAUGUUCAAAGUGGAAGUGAAGAUAAAAAACCUGUUGUGCUCUGGAGUGCCUUUUAUAUUCAAAAAUUAACUUCGAGUAAAUUUGAAGCUAUCAGUUCCACUCCGACACCGGAUGGAAAUCUAAACUACGUUGACCUUUUAGAUGAAACUGAGAAGCUAUUUGGUCAAAUGUACCCCAAUGAAGAAUUCUUUCCAAAGACGACAUCCCCUGAAGAUACCAUGGAUGAUGAUGAUAAUGGGAUUAUUAUGGAGAACUAACCAAGAUCAAAUUGCCUUGCACUCAUUGAGAACUACACCCAAGAUCUUGGAGAAAGGGAGUUGUGAAAUUAUAUGCACAUUCGCAGAUAGAUUGAAGAUAUAUAUUAAAAUUGUUGAGGAGAAUGGUUACGGGUCCUGCUUUUUGUGUGAACUGAAAAAUAGGGGCCGGACCUUCAAGGCAGGUUACAAAGCAGUCGUUGGUGUUAAUUAUGAAUUUUUUGUGAAGCAUAAAAUACUGAUUCGGUGUUGUAUAUGCAUUUAAGAACGUUUGUAGAACAAAUUGCUACUCAAUGAAGGUGUGGAAUCUUGGAGGUUUCAAAGCUGGUAGGGGCUGAAGUAUAGCGCUCAAAGUUUCUAUAUCUAGAUUUGUAGUUUGUAUUUGGAAAACGAUUUGAUUGUACUUUUGUAGAAAGUUGCUUAUGACAUGUGUGAAUCUUGCAAAAAUAUCUAACUGAAGACAACAAUAUAGAUUGUACAAAGUACAAACACACUUGGGAAAAAUUGGACUGUCUUAACAAA